AUGUAUAUUCUUCUAUUCGUCUGCAUCUUACCUUCACUUUCGUUUUCAAUCAGUGACUUUCAAACGAUUUGUCAAGCAGGUAUUCGACAAGAUAACACCAAUUACAUCCAUUGCGCUCGUAAACAAUUGAAAGAAAUUCCGAAUUUUACUCGCAUAACUAAUACGUUCUACGAUGAACUUGUGCUUAAUGAUAACCAAAUCACUGACAUAUCUUCGAAUGCUUUUCAAGGCUUACGUGUUAAGCGUUUGAAUUUAUCCGGGAAUAAAAUUCGUUCGAUAUCACCAUCUGCUUUCUUGGAAUUGUCCAAUUAUCUCGAAGAAUUAACAAUUGAAUUCGAUCCCGAUACGAUUCAUCAAAUUCCAGAUGCGAUUCAAGUCAAUCUGAUCAAUUUACGUUCUUUGAAACUCAUCGAUUUGAAUCUUUCUCAAUUAAGAAAUCAUACGUUCAGUAAGUUUCGUAAAUUGGAGAGUCUGUCGAUCAUCAAAUCGAAUAUAAAAUCACUUGAAUCGAAUGCAUUUCAUUCGUUGACCAAUCUACGCUACUUAAACCUCGAUCAAAAUCAGUUGAACGAUUCGUCGUGGAUUGCCUUGACAAAAUACCUGUCUCAUCUGGAAAUUCUUAGUCUUAGUCAAAAUCAAUUUACUUCGCUUAAACAAACAGAUAUUUCAACGUUAAAGUCGCUGGAUUUGUCGUCGAAUGGUUUACAGUACAUUGACUCGAAUAUCUUUUCUUCAUUAGAGAAACUUUAUCUACAAAACAAUGAACUGAAUUCUUUGCAAUUGACGUUUUUGUUCGGAUUGAAACAUCUAACUGAAUUAAACUUAGAUUUCAAUCGUUUAACAUUUCUCCCGGAGAAAAUUUUUCAAGCCAACAUGAAUUUACAAGAUUUAUCUUUCCAAGGAAAUGAUUUAAAUUAUCUAACCAACUAUUCCUUAUUCGGUUUGAGCAAUUUACAACAUCUCAAUCUCGCUCGGAAUCGCCUACAAUUCUCUGUCAAUUCUCAACCAUUUCAACAUGUACCGUCGUUGAAAGUUCUGAAUCUCGAUCGAAAUAUCCAAAUGAAUUUAACAGAAAAUCUUUUUCGGGACUUAUCAUCGAAUCUAAUCGAAUUGUCUUUACAAAACUGCAAUUUAACCAUAUUGAAUUAUUCACUGAAUUUCUUGAAGCAUCUCCAGCGAUUGAAAUUAUCCUCGAAUUCUCUCCAAGAACUUCCGAAUAACCUUCUUCCGAACACCAUCAUCGCCAUCGAUUUACAACGAAACUCGUUUCGUUCGAUUCCAAACCUACCUGUUGAGAAUUUGAUCGAUAUCGAUCUUAGUUCGAAUCAAAUUUCGACGUUAAAUGAAGACGAACUACGAAGAUAUUCAAAAUUGAAAACCAUUGGCUUAACCGGCAAUCCAUUGAACUGUAAUUGUCAUUUGAGUUGGAUAAAACAAUGGUUGAAGAUGAACUACGAUCGAGACCUAGUCAAAUUCUUGCAAUGGACGUGUGCACAACCGAUGAACUUGCUCGGAAAACAAUUGAUCGAUAUCGACGAACAUGAUAUGAAUUGUAAUGAAAACAAACCGACUGUAUUCACAUCAACAGACGCAUCGAUAACAUCGUUAGAAGUCACUCCUUCUUUUUCGUCGUCAACGAAUGAUUUGAUCAUCCAGGAUAUGAUAUUCAAUUCCAAUGGAAUGCUAGUCAUGUCGUGGAAGUAUUUUGCUAAACGUUUACCAAAAUAUUACCAUUUGAAAAUCUUUGAUGAGAGUACACAACGGUUGAUUUUUCAAAGUUUAAUUUCGGGCCAAGAAGAUUCCGUUGAAAUCGAUUUGUCUCCGUAUGUUUCGAAUGUUCCAUUGAGCUCGCUCGUUUGUUUGAAUAUUCGUCAAAAGAAAUCCUGUCGAAAUCUUGUUUUACAAUCAAACAUCAAUACGUUUCAAUCUGCCUCACUUGUUUUAUCAACCAGCAAACCCAACAAUAUCGAUCAAUUGUUUUAUCUUCUCGGCGGAAUCCUUCUCGGAGCGAUUUUCGUCUGCACGAUAUUAAUCAUCAUUUGUUAUUGUCGUCUUUGUUACGGUUCGAAAGAACAUCAAUCCGGAGAAAAAUCUUCGAGACCAUUUUAUUACCAUCCAUUGAAUGUGAUUAGUUAUCCUCAACAACAAAGCAACAAUACAAGUGAAUGUUCAUUGCACUCAUCAACUGAUAUAACCAAUCAUUUACCUAAUGAUCCUUAUCAUAUUUACCAACAAAUACCAUCAAUACACAAUUGUCAAAUCCAUGCGAUCAAUAGAACACAUGUACUAGUUUAA